AUGCCCUUAGGCCUUAUACAAUGGAAGCACCGGUGCACAAGCAUCAGCGUUGUACAAGGCCUUAGUAGUACUACCACCACCGCCCCGGCCCUCCGCCUCUGCCUCCCUAUCUCGUCCCCGGCCGCAGCAGCCUCAUCAUCAUCCCCCUUCGCCCCCAAUCCUCAAUCCUCGCACGAACUGCCCCCGCAACACCCUCCCGGGGGCUCUCCCCGCCGCCCGUACAACGCCCUCGUCGGCGCGCUCUUCGCCGUAUCGGCCCGGAGGGGCGUGCGCUGGAAGCCGGAGCCGGGAAGGAGUGCAGCCACCAGCGGGAGACAAGGGGAGGCGCGGUGGUGCUCUCUCUGGUCGCCAGCGCGGCCACCACAGGGGAGAGGGCCAGGGGAAGCGGCGGCAUACGACUCUGUAGGCGGAUGUAGCGUCUGGCGGGAGGUGACGCGCAGCAGGGAAGGCAACGGCCGGAUCCGCGCGCCGGUGAGGCCUGAUUGCCAUGCGGGGCCGUGGCGGUCAGAUCAGGGCCACGCAUGGGAAUCGGCCUUGCGGCGGCGUUAUGCCGACGCAAAAAGAAGGCACGGAGCGGCGCGCCGGCGUGUCGUGAGCACAACACCGUGCGGGGCGAGCGGCAGGAUCUGCUUGAGGUCUACUGGCGCUGCCGUCGAGGACUCCGGGAACUGCCACCGAGGACGGCCAUCGAGCACCGAGCUAGAACCGCUACGGAUGGCAGGCUGCCACCGAGGACGGCCAUCGAGCACCGAGCUAGAACCGCUACGGAUGGCAGGCUGCCACCGAGGACGAUUGUCAUGGCCGCGCCUGCCCACUGCCAGUCUCCCGUCUCCUACAGUCCCCAGUGAUCUGAGCAUGAAGCAUGAGAUGUACAGAUAAGCAAGCAAAGACGCCAUGGUUCAGGCAUCUGUUACCCAAAAAAAAUCCCACAGCCGGAGGAGCAGAGGAGCUACACAUUUAGUGUGUAUGUGAUAUCCUGCCAGAAUUCUAGAGCAUUCAUAUAGGUAUACUGUUUGGGUGAAGAAGAGGGCUUCAGGGCCUCCUAAGCAUGAAGGGAGGACUGCAAAUUGAUAGAAACAAGAGAGGGACAUGGUGGUUUUCUUCAACCAUAGCUUGCUUGAAGCAUAUGCUGAUAUGCACAUCCGGCCAUGACUUGGAUUAAGUAAGCACAUGAAGUUGUGAUGCUAAUACAGACCAAGUCGAGAGCAAUAUCAGUGGGUUGUCAUGCUAGGAAUAUGCAUACAUAAUACAUGUAAUGAUUUUCUGUAUUUUAAGAGAUUAAUCUUAGGUUGAAGUGUAGUUUAUUACAGCGGUAUUUGAACGAAACAAAUAUUGAGACAAAAUGUGGAAAGGUUGAACUUCUUAUAUAUAAUUCUUCUGUGUGAGAAAUGAGAACUA